AUGGCGGCCGAAGUAGACGUGUUUGCAAGAGCUUUGGCUGACUUGAACGUCGUCGCUCGUGGUGAAUUCAAGUUAAAACCGGAGUAAGAAGUUGCAGUAAAAUCUGUUCUAGAUGGAAAAGAUGUAUUAGCGGUGUUGCCCACAGGUUACGGCAAAAGCCUCAUAUAUCAAAUGUUUGUUCGCGCGAGGGAUUUUGAAAUGAAUAGUAAAGCAUCGAUUCUCGUGAUCUCGUUGGUUAGCAUCAUAAAAGAUCAGAUACUGGACCUGAAAUCAAUAAGAUAUUCUGCAGUCGAUAGCAGAGAAAUGAUGGUCUAAGAAAUUCGGAUAUGUAAUUUUGAAGUUCUCUAUGCAAUAGCUGAGAAAGUCAAGGAGAAAGCCUUCAGAGAAAUGCUAAUUUACCAUAGUUCAUCACUUAAUUAAAACAUUUGGGCAAUUGUAAUCGACGAAUCUCACACAGUUGAAACGUGGACAGGUAAAAGGUGA